CUAUUUAUUCACCCAAAGAUGGACAACCAUGCAUGGACCAUGACAGACAAACUGGGGAGGGUGUAGGACCUCAAGAAUAUACCCUGAUCAAAAUGAAGGUGGUAGAACCUUACCCUGUGAAGUUAAGUGGCCUUAAGGGAAAGAAUAUUUUUUUGGUAGCUGCAACUCUCAGACCAGAGACCAUGUUUGGGCAAACUAAUUGUUGGGUUCGCCCUGACAUGAAGUAUAUUGGUUUUGAGACCCUGAAUGGGGAUAUUUUUAUUUGCACGCAGAGAGCUGCCAGGAAUAUGUCCUAUCAAGGCUUUACAAAGAUAAAUGGAGUAGUGCCUGUUGUGAAGGAACUGAUGGGAGAGGACAUUCUUGGGGCUCCACUUUCUGCUCCUCUAACAUCCUACAAAGUCAUCUAUACCCUUCCUAUGUUGACUAUUAAGGAAGACAAAGGCACCGGUGUGGUUACAAGUGUCCCAUCUGAUUCUCCAGAUGACAUUGCAGCCCUGAGAGACUUAAAAAAGAAACAGCCCUUCCGAGCAAAGUAUGGCAUUAAAGAUGACAUGGUCCUCCCAUUUGAACCAGUGCCUGUCAUUGAGAUCCCUGGCUAUGGCCAACUUUCUGCUCCAAUGAUCUGUGAUGAGCUGAAAAUCCAGAGUCAAAAUGACAGAGAGAAACUAGUCGAAGCCAAGGAAAGACUAUACCUAAAAGGAUUUUAUGAGGGUAUAAUGCUUGUGGCUGAAUUCAAGGGCCAGAAGAUUCAAGAUGUAAAGAAGAUUAUUCAGAAGAAGAUGGUAGAUAAUAUGUGUAGUGGGUGAAGCUAUGAUCUAUAUGGAGCCAGAAAAACAAGUCAUGUCAAGAUCUGCCGAUGAGUGUGUGGUGGCUCUUUGUGAUCAAUGGUACUUGGAUUAUGGUGAAGAAACAUGGAAGAAACAGACUCAUGAAUGCCUGAAAAAUCUUGAAAUAUUUUGUGAAGAGACAAGAAGAAAUUUUGAAGCUACUCUAGACUGGCUGCAGGAA